GUUGUGAUAAACUUAUUAAAUAGAUCUGUGAUAGCUAUAGUAGAACAAUGUUGAUCCUCGAUACUGGUAGUAACAUCCUGCGCGACAUUCUCACCCGGCGUUUCAGCAAGUCAUCCAAACCAGACCUGAUAGUGGCUUCCUUCUGUGACUACGAUGGUCUAAUGUACAAUAUCACCAACAUCGGAAACCCGCUUGACCGGAACAAGGUCAUGGUCGGGAUUGACGUCACCGGGUUCAAGGUCAUAAUGGAGAGGUCGGAUGUGAAUGUGAAGGAAUACUUAGCCAAGUACUCGUACGCUCCCUUUUUGACGGAGAGUGGUGACGGAGCGACUCACGACAUCAACAUUCUGCUGGACUUUGAGAGUGACGCCAUCAAGUCACUCUCAAGUGCAGACCAGCUGAUCAGUGACAUGGCCGAUAUAAAGUACCACGUGUUCGCAGCCUAUCUGAUGCCAUGUUUCAAAGAGGUGUUCGAGGAGAAUCCGAAGCCACUUCAACCCCAAUUGAUCAAAAUCAGAACAGAUGAGGCCAUCUAUGUUAGACCUCUAGCUGACCAAGUUGAACUGACCUACAGGACCAAAUUUGACGAUGACGAUGAUUUCGAAAUUGGAAAAGUGUUCAUCCAGGAGUUCUCAGAGACACGUGUUGCCGGUCCAGGCGUUCGUGCCUUCGUUGGAAAACCACCGAAUGAAGUGGCGGAUAUAUUCUCAAGUUACGACAAUAGUCGUGCUGCUUAUGUCGUGAUCUCGCUUCGUCAGCAGGUCAUCACAGGCGAAGCGAAGCAGCUGAAUGCUAUCAAACUGUGUCUGAGCUUCAGAAACUAUCUGCAUUAUCAUCUCAAGUGUUCCAAGGCAUAUAUUCAUUCGAGAAUGAGGGCGCAAAGUAGUCAUUUCAUCAAAGUGCUCAAUCGGGCGUUACCUAACGAGGAGAAAGGUGGUGAAAAGAAGACGAUGUCAGGGCGUUCAUUCAUGCCUCAAGCUUAGAACUUAAGGAUAGAGUUAGGAUAUGAAAUUGAAAUGCGAAUAUAGCUUCGAAACAAACUCCUUACUGGCAUAUUUCCGGCUCUUUUUCCUCUCCCCUCCCCCC